AUGCUGUGCAAGCCAGUCCCCUCCCCCAUUUCUGCCCAACAGGAAAAGGCCGCCGCCGCAGAAGUAGUCAAAGACCACGCCUUUGUCUCCGACUACAAUGAAACAGACUACAGCGACUUCCUGUACUUGGCACCGCCGCUCACGGCCGAGUUUCUUCCCCUGGCGCCAAAAGCCGCCGCUGACCGAGCCGCUGCACCGAGCGUCAAAAACGUCAAGACUCGACCGGCCGAGACAUUCAACACAGGCACGACUCCUCCCCCAGUCGCACCCGCCGAGGGAUUGAAGUUCCAGAAGGAGUAUUUCAGCGCGACGUACCCGCCCAGUGGUGCACGAUCACCGAUUCCAGAAGCAUCUGAAGAAGCGAAACGGGAACGGAGACCCAGCUUCGUGGAAGUCACCCCCGUCAAGGUCCACCAUGAACACGAGGCGCACAAAGAUGCACACAGAAGAGAGAAGAGGCACUCGCAUUCGUCGCACAGUUCAGAGUCGAUGAAUUGGUGGCCCGAGAACGAGAGCCUCGCGCAGCACGAGUGGGUGGACCGUGAUGAAGGGGCCGAAGAGGAGGAUGUCAUUGAGGAGGAGGUCUGGAGUGAUGCUUUCUACGAGUGA